AGUGUAAAUUGUUCUAUUUUGCUGGGCAAGAGACAACCUCCGCAUUGCUUGUAUGGGCUAUGAUUUUGUUGAGCAGGUAUCCAGACUGGCAAGCUCGUGCUAGAGAAGAGGUUUUGCACGUCUUUGGUGAUGGCACGCUCAAAUUUGAUGGAUUAAACCGCUUAAAGAUUGUGACAAUGAUUUUGCAUGAGUCCUUAAGGCUAUAUCCACCAGCUGCACCACUUAAUCGAAGGAUUACUACCAAUACCAAGCUAGGGGAACUAAGUUUACCAGCUGGAGUGAUGCUUUUCCUGCCAAUACUUUUAUUGCAUCAUGACAAGGAAAUAUGGGGCGAUGAUGCGAUGGAGUUUAAGCAAGAGAGAUUCAGUGAUGGAGUUUCAAAGGCAACCAAGGGCCAAAUGGCAUUUUUCCCAUUUGGUGGGGGACCUAGGAUAUGCAUUGGGCUAAACUUCUCCAUGGUAGAAGCCAAGAUGGCCUUGGCUAUGAUUCUAAAACGCUUCACGUUUGAACUAUCUCCCUCUUAUACAGAUGCUCCGUUGGCCGCAAUAACAAUGCAACCUCAAUAUGGUGCUCCUCUUGCGUUGCACAAACGAUUAUAAAGAGAGAAUAAACUUUGCUUAUUUCUGUCACUUUCCUCUUUGCUUGUUUGUAAUAGAAUAAUGCUAUUUCUACAUUUGAUUUUUUUUUUUUUUAAUUUGAAACUUCUCAUUUUUCGGUUAAUGAGAUGAAUGCCGCAACAACAACAAACCCAGUGUAUUCCAAGUCAUGAUAUAUGUAAAAUUACAAGUACUAAUUAGGAGUA